AUGGCGGAGAUUGUUGGUUCUGCAGUUGUUCAGGAGUCAGUUAGCCAAAUCCUAUCUGGUCUGCUUCAAAAAUAUGAGGAGAAACACAGCUCAAAUGGGUUCAGAAACCUUGAGAGGCUAGAGAUGGCAUACAUCAGGCUGGAGGCUGUUCUCCAGAGAUCUGACAAGUGGGAUAUUACUGAUACAUCCUUGUUGCGUUGGCGUAGGAAGCUUAAGUCUGUUGCUCAAGAGUGCGAUGACACGCUGCACAGAUGCAGGCAGAGAAUCCUAGAAGAUGAACACAUAAAAGGAACUAAGUAA